AUUUUCUCGUUCAAUCUAAUUCGCAAGCAGUUCAAUCUAGGUGGCAUUCCGUGACGAAGACUAGUAUAAUGCCAUCUAGAUCAGUACUAAUUGAAAACGCGGAUAAUUUAAAUUAACGAAAUUAAAAAAUUUUUUCCUUUUCUUUCUGAACAAGAAAUCUAACUCUAGAGAGCCCAAUAGAACUAAAGUGGACUAAGGUCGUGAUUCUGUUGGUAUAACCAGAAAGAAGACUUCUCUGGUAUAACAGAAUUUUAUUAAUCAAUCAAGAACCUAACCUCAAUUCCUAGUGAAUCAAAACAUUGACAAGAAAUAAUCAUCCAAUUGAAAAAUUUCUUAUUUACAUAAUAAUUACUACAUAAAUAUAUUCAAUAAAUGUGUGAUGGCUGAGAAACACAGAAUAUUAAUUUGUGGAGAUGUGGAAGGUCGAUUCAAUCUGCUCAGCUCUAAAGUAACAUCAAUUAAUAAAAAAAAUGGUCCUUUUGAUCUUUUACUGUGUGUUGGAGAUUUUUUCGGAAAAGAUAACAGUGAAUUAGAGCCCUACAAAAAUGGAAUUAAAAAAUUUCCAAUUAGAACUUUUAUAAUUGGACCAAAUAAAGAAGAACAUGUGAAAUGUUAUCCUAAUUUAGAUGGAUGUGACAUUUGUUACAAUAUUCUUUAUUUAGGUAGACGAGGUCUCUAUAGUGCUGACUCCGGACUCAAAAUUGCUUAUGUUAGUGGUGUUGAGAAAAAUGAUCAAAAUUCAUCAUCAAAUAUAUUUUUAACAGAAAAUGAUGUUGUAUCUGUUAGAAAUGCUUGUUUAAAAGGUCAUCCAAAUUUCCGUGGAGUUGAUUUUUUAUUAAGCUCGCAAUGGCCAAUGGAUAUUACUCGGUUUGAUCCUAAUGAACCAAACUUGAAGUAUAAUGGCUCUCAGCUUAUCGCUUGGUUAGCUGCUCACAUAAAACCAAGGUAUCAUGUAACUGGCAUUGAAAGUAUUCAUUACGAGCGACCCCCAUAUAGAAAUCAAUCAAAAGGUGGAAAUAGUAUCGAAAUAGCUACCAGAUUCAUUGGGCUUGCUCGGGUUGGAAAUCCACAAAAGCAUAAAUGGCUUUAUGCAUUAAAUUUAACGCCUGUUGAUCGUACAUCUUUGAAAGAUUUAGCAGAAAAAACUACGGAUGAAACACAAAGUCCUUACCAUAUUUCUCUUUUGAAUUUUAAUAGUCCAUCUGACAAAGGUGGUAAAUCACAACAAUUCUUUUAUGACAUGGAAUCACAUAAUAAACGAUCUUCAGGUAAUGAUAGACAACCAAAAAGAAACAAGAAGCCAGAAUUUGAUCAAGCAAAAUGUUGGUUUUGUUUGUCAAGUCCUGAUGUGUCUAAACAUUUAGUAAUAUCAGUUAGCAAUGAAGUGUAUAUAGCAUUGGCUAAAGGUGGAUUAGUUGAUGAUCAUUUCCUCAUACUACCGAUUACUCAUUAUCAGAGUUUAUCAACUGUAUCUGAAAAUAUUAAAAAAGAGAUAGAAUUAAACAAAAAGGCUGUAGAACGAUAUUAUUCUAGCACUGGAAGAGUACCUGUAUUUUUUGAAAGAAAUUACAAAAGCUCUCAUUGUCAAUUGCAAGCAGUUCCAAUUCCUAAGAAUCUCGAAUCGCAUGUUUCAACGGUUUUUAAAGAAAUUGCGGAUUCUCAAAAUAUUCACCUGAAACCUCUAACUUCAAGUCUCGAAGAAACAGCUCCACCAGGUACAACCUAUUUUUAUCUUCAGCUCCCCAAUGGAGAGGAAUUAUAUCAUAAAAUUGAACGGAAUUUUCCUCUCCAAUUUGGAAGAGAAGUUUUAGCGGAUAAAGAGUUAUUAGAUUUAGAUGAUCGAAUAGAUUGGAAAGAUUGUCAAAUGAGUGAAGAAGAAGAAACAACUUUGGCUAAAAAAAUUCGGAAAAAGUUCCAGCCCUAUGAAUGUGAUUCGUAAUUUUAUUCUUUUCUAAAAUAUGUACAUAAAAAUAUAAAAUAUUUUUUUACUCUG